GCUGAAGACGUCUCCUUCCUGCUCAACUACAAGGCUGCAGUGGAGAGGCUGCAGCGCCCCCUGCUGGAGGAUCCACAGCUGCCCUCAGGAGCUCUGAUAGACCAGGCCAAACACCUGGGCAACCUCAGCUUCAACAUCUGGAGCAAGAUGAAGGACAUGGUGUCCUACUGUCCUCUCAUCCUGGACCCAAACACUGCUCAUCCAAGACUCAUCCUGUCUGAAGAUCUGACCUCUGUGAGACAAGGAAGAGAGGAGGAAGAGGAGGAAGAAGAGGAAGAGGAGGAAGAAGAACAAGAAGAGGAAGAGGAUUGGGAGGAGGAAGAGGAAGAAGAGCAAGAGGAAGAACAGGAACUUCCUGAAAAUCCAGAGAGGUUUGAUCAUCACAUCCGUGUCCUGGGCUCUGAGGGCUUUACCUCAGGGGCUCACAGCUGGGAUGUCCAGGUCACAGACAGUACAUUCUGGUUACUGGGUGUGUUGGCAGAGUCUGUCCAGAGGAAGGGAGACAUACGGUCUGGAUCAUGGGGAAUAGCUUUCGAUGAAGGUAAAUACUCCGCAUGUUCACCUCCAGAUCCAGACGCUCCUCUCAGCCUGCAGAAGGAGCUCCAGAGGGUCCGAGUGAAUCUGGACUGGAACAGAGGUGAGUUGUCGUUCUCUGAUCCUGACACUAACACACACAUACACACCUUCACACACACUUUCACUCAGAAGAUGUUUCCAUUCAUUCACACUGAGGAGGAAGUGAAGAUAUUACCGCUGAAGGUGUGUGUGACAGUGGAGCAGAGAUCAAGGUGGUGUGUCAGAAUCAGGUCGGACAAAUAAUAAUCUAAAAUAUUCAACAGAAAUUGUUCAGUCGAACCAAACACAAAUUAAUUAACUCCUCCAUCACCCAAUUCAAAACGAAAUAAAUCACACGUCAAUUUCCAUUUUGGUCAGAUAUAUUUCAUGAGGAAAAACAAGACGUGUGAGAUCAGUGUGUGAAUAAAAGAGUCUUUACAGUUCAGAGGGCUGGACUUUGGACAUGCCUGUCUCAAAGGGAGAAUACACUGACCUCUGCGGUCUCUUUAUUCCAAACAUGUGUUUAUUUUUGUUUCACUAAUGUUUUUGUUGUUAUAGAGUUUGAUAAUCUGCUUUUUGAUCAUACUGUCAACCUUUAUUAAAUUGAAACACGUGCAUUUAGCUGACACUGUUAUCCAAGUGACAUAAUGUACAUCAAAUAUGCUGAACUG